GUUUUUUUUUUUUUCGUUUCCGGGCGCGCUUCGCAAAACUCAUAACGGUGUUUUAUUAAACCAAAACUGUCUGUAUCAUGUAUACAGUCGUCACCGAACGUUGUCAUUUAGCCUAUUAUAGUUAUAUCACGAUUUCAUAACUCUUAGUUAAGGCUCUGUAUAUGUAUGUCAAUGGCAAGCAAGAAGUUACGGAGGACGGGCGUCUCAGCUGAUGUCUGCGAGCGACUCAAGCGGCAUCAGGUGGAAACCUGCCAGGAUGUUCUGUCCGCCACUCCCGUGGAGCUCAUGCGGCUGGCCGGACUCAGUUAUUCCGCUGCUCUGGAGCUCCUGCGUCUGGUCAGUAAAGCUUGUUCACCGGCCUUGAGAACCGCACUGGAUUUAUGGAGGAAAAAGGGAGAGCUGUGUUUCUCCACAUCACUACCUGUCCUGGACAGGUUACUGCAGGGAGGUCUGCCACGGGGUGCUCUCACUGAGGUGACCGGCCCAUCAGGCUGUGGAAAGACUCAGUUCUGUAUUAUGCUCAGCGUUUUGGCUACAUUGCCGAAGAGCAUGGGAGGUCUGGACAGUGGAGUCAUCUACAUCGACACAGAGUCGGCAUUCUCUGCUGAAAGACUGAUAGAAAUGGCACAGGCCCGAUUCCCAGAAUUUUUCUCGGUGAAGGAGCGUCUGCUGGAGAUGGCAUCUCGUGUUCAUCUGUUCAGGGAAUUGACCUGUCAGGAUGUCCUGAAUAGAUUGGAGCGUCUGGAGGAGGACAUAAUUGGUUGUCGAGUGGGGCUCCUUAUUUUGGAUUCUGUGGCCUCUGUUGUAAGGAAGGAGUUUGACACGUCGCUGCCGGGUAAUCUAACCAACAGGAGCAACUUACUGGGCCAGGAAGCUGCUGUACUGAAGUACCUUUCGCAGGAGUUCUGCAUCCCAGUGGUUUUAACUAACCAGAUCACUACACAUGUGGGCGAGAAGGUUCAUUGUCCUCAGAGGAAUCAGGCAGAUGUAUCUACUGAGGAGGACUCUGGGUUUGUGACAGCGGCGCUGGGAAACACAUGGAGUCACUGUGUUAACACACGCCUCAUUCUCCAGUAUGAAGACACAGAACGGAGACAGAUUAUCAUUGCCAAGUCACCCGUGGCCCCUUUUGCGGUGCUGAGCUAUACUGUUCAGAGGGAGGGCAUCCGUCUUGAGGGGAAUGAAAACCCUGAAAGUUCUUUAAUCCAUGGAACAGAUCCAGGGCUUCAGCCAAUCAGAGUGAGGACGGGGUUCAUCUACAACCUCUCCCAGGCCACGCCUUCUUCUUGCUGAGAACCCUUGGCUGCAGAACUUCGUGGCUGUUAUUGUCCUAUUUUAAGGUACAAGUCAUGGUUAAACAUUGCAGGAACAUGUGGUGGAUCAGCAGCUUCUUUAUGGCAACAAAGAACGACAGACACAAAGCGGACAGAGCAAACUCCACAAGUUGACGGCCAAGACUCCCCUUCGUAGAACAUUACCUCAGUUUUCAUCUAGUUAGGAAACUGCAACAUCAGUCAGCUAUUGAUUGACAGGCUUAAUUUUCCUCUCGCUAGUCGUGUGAUAAGACAGCAGUCUGGGCCAAACGCUUCUUGACCCUGACUGGCCGUUGCCAUGGCUUCUGUUCCCAUGACUCCUGUUCCCAUGGUUCCUCUGCCUUAAAGGGAAGUUUGUCUGAUUAGCUGAACAAUGGUGUUAUUUUGGGUGGUUCCUCCUUUUUCGGCUUGUUUUGCUUUUGGUUGUAUCUGCACAUAUAAGCAUUGACACAUUCUCUAUGGUCUACUCCUUUCUAGUGAGUAAGUAAGUACAGCUUUUAAACUUCUAACAUUAAUAAAUCUAAUUGAUUUCAAGGUCUUCUAAUCUCUAAUUAUUUCAGCUUCAUUAGCAGAUUGUGCUGACAGCGCAAACGACGAUCUUUUGCUCUCUCCGCCAGCAGAUAAAGUCAGUUUUGACUACCCAUUCCGCAAUGCUGAGUAGGUGUUCUUUCUGUCUGUCUUUCUCUUUCAUCCUCUUUCUGUAUAUCUCUCCUCCCUUCCCCCCAUAAGCAGGCUGAUAGGCUGAGAGUUCACAUGUUUUGACAGAUCAUUUAAUGGUUGACCUGUGGCGAUAUCGCUGCCUGUGCCUGUACCGAGGGGAGGAAAACUCUCCCUCCUUCCAAAUAAACUCCUUCUUUCCCUGCAAAGCAGAAGGCUCUGGAGAAUAAUACAUUCAUAGGGAAUUUAAAAAUCAGAGCAGAGAGUCAUGAGAUUCUGACAUGAGUCUAAAAUCCACAGUGAUCUGUACUCAUCCCUCACAUCGGGCUUUCAAUGAGUGCCACAAUACAAACCAACCACAGCAUGCACACACAUUGCUUGGGGCUUUAUUGUUCUUAGAGAUAACACUGUUAAAUGAUUUCUGUCGAAUAUCAGCAUAUUCAAAAUUAGCCUUGAUUCUUUUGCAGUGUUUGCUUUUGAAUUGAUACAACUGGAUACGCAUGACCUGAAGUCAGUUCUGUUUCAGAACCUUUUGUUUUGUUCUUGGCUCAUUUAGUCUUGAGGUUAAACCAACAACCACACAUUCCCCUUGCUCAAAACUCCCCAAAAUGCCCCUUUUAUAUACACAUUAGAAUAAAUCGUUUCAAUUUU